AUGGCCUCGCCUUUGCUGUGGGGGGCUCAAGCACGUGCUGAAUUCAGCAAGAAUUGGCCUGGACAGACCAAAUUGAACGAAGUUGACGAGGCUUCGCCAGGACGCGGGGCUAGCGGCACCUCAAAGUCCAGGCGCACGAGGAACAGUAGGGCAUUUCACAAGCCAUGCGCAUCAUCAGCUUUGCGCCGAUUGGCAAAGCAUGUUUCAGGUGCCCAUGCCAAGGGCAAGGGCUGGGCUCUCAGGCUUUGUGCUAUCCCGGAAAGAUGGAAGGCCGUCGAAUGUCACCACGUCGGAGGUGUGGGUGUAUCUCGGCAGUGCUCAGGUAAGAACACCAAGGAGGGCAAAAUGCCUGCACUGGUGCUUGGCAUGUUUAACAGCUGUCAUUCUCACUCGUUCAUCUUCUUCUGUACUUUCGAGUGUGUUAGUCUUGCGAUCCACCAUCUUGACCGAAGCCUCCUGCAGCGCUCAGAGACGGCACUUGCUUGA